AUGGGUUUCUGCCGAAGAUGUGGCGACAUUGUCGCGGGUACGCGAUGCAAGUGUGGUGGCGCCGCUGUUGCUCCUGUCGUACCAUGGAAACAAGCUGAUCCCGCAGAGACGAGUUCAGAUAGGUGGUCAAAGACGUAUGUUUCAAGAACUCGCUCUCUCUCUCCUGUAAGGCAACAAUGGACCGCGACUUCGGUCGAUCCACCAAGUUCGAACGCGGUGCCAUCUGCGACCAAACGAUUUCCUUGCCCGACGUCCGGCUCAACACCACAGACUACCACAACCCUUAGCAGUCGCGUUUCUGAAUAUAUUGCGACUACAGCUUCUCAAACAUCACGACCUCAUUCUCCUCUCAAACGCUCAACUCUAGCUGACCCUACUUCAGAUAUCCUCCCCUCAUUAACCCCGCACGAUACCACCCUCUCCAAAGUCUAUGGCUCCAUAUUACAACCAAAGGAGACGUUGACCACUCAUUCCUGCGCCAUCUGUUCUUCGCCCUUUCCACCUGAUUCUACCAUAUACCCCCACCCAUCUUCCACUGAACAAUCCUUCUUGUGCAAGCCAUGUUUCAUUGUAAACGGGGGCUCAAGAGGCAACUGUCACUCAUGCUCUCGACCCGUUUUGAUGCUGAAAUCUGAAGGUGGAUUUGUCCAUGCCGUCGACAAGUACUGGCACAAACGAUGUUUUAACUGCGCGGGGUGUUUUAAAAACAUCGGCGAUUCUCCUGUGGUUGAUCUUCUUGGAAGGCCAUCAUGCGCGGAUUGCUUCGGAAGCUGCCUCAAACGCGACCCCACAACACCCAAGAAGGGAAGGUCGAGCAGCAAUAACAGUCCUCGCGUCGACAGAUCCGGAAAUUUGGGUGGUUUUGGAAGUAACACUAGAAAUAAAAGGACUCAGGAAGCUAGUCCUGCUAUUGAAGAACUUGAGCAAAGGUUGGGAAUCAACAGAAGCCGCGAAGGGAGUCCCCUGCUUGAGGAAUUAAGUCACAGGCUCAGCACAAUUGGGAAGGAUAUCAGUUCGAAAUAUCAAUCUACAGGUAGCCCCGUAAGUCCGUCCACUCGACUACGGAAUGGUAACUCUGGUUCGGAUAUUCGGCGAUACGAGCCUUUCGAAGUUCCAUCCAAAGCAUCUCCUUCCGGUGUCCGCGCUUUUAACGCAAGCCCAGUACGGGGACAAACCACGGGAUCUACUGCCCCCACACAAGAAGCCAUCGAAGAAAUGAAACAACGAUUAUUCAAAGGGUCUUCAUCCUCUCCUGCCACGUCGAGGACCCCAUUCGGCUCCCCUGCAAACCGACCUUCAACCCCACCCCGUUUUUCCAUAAAUUCCAGAGCAAGUAUAUCCAAUUUCGACGCGAGAGAGUCGGCAUUAUCGCGCAGCCCAUCUAUUCCCCCAACUCCAGACCUAAUCUCUGACUUUUCGGAUACAAUGACUCAGUCCUCUCAUUCCGAGUUUGAUUCUCCUCCUCGGAACGAUGAAAAAUACACGUCUUCAGACGUAUUCGAUGUUUCAAAUGUGUUGGAUCAGAGUUUUUUUACUCGGAGCAAUUUGCCCGAAGUCGAGGACGUCAUUAUCGAAGAAACUAGAAGCCAAAUGGGCACACCAACUCAUACGCCGAAGAAGGAAGGUCGUCAGUUUACCCGUUCUUCACAAACAAAGGUUUCCUCCCCUUCACCAUCCUCUUCGAAGCCAAAAACCUAUGCGAAUUUCCCCUCGACAAAACAACUUGGAGUCGACAACCCAGAGACCCAGCCAGAUAUGUCAGCAUCGACCUUAUGCAGCAAAUGCGGUGAUGCUUUGUGUUCUAUUUCAGGAGGAGGCAAAUUCAUUACAAUCACAGGGGGCGGGGAUGUAGCACCGAGCACAUAUCAUGCUGAUUGUUUCAGGUGUUCAGUGUGUAAUGGUAUUUUUAAGGAGCGUCGUCAAGGUCAAGCAACGUACGUCAAAGCACAAGGGGGACCCUGUCAUGUGGAGUGUGCGCCCGUAGAAAGGGUUGUCAUCCACCAAACAAUCCCAUCGUCGUCGCCUAAAAUUGAUAAUCCAUCUUCCGUUACAGCACCGCCCAAAGCAACUGUAGCACGCUCAUCGAGCAAACCUGAACGACCACCGCUUAUAGCGCCUUCGUCGUCAGGAAAUAAUUCGUUUCCACGCUUCGGUAGCCGGACCUCAUGCCCAGGAUGUCAGAAAACUGUCUCACCAAUGGAACGUGGCGUCGUUCCGGGACCACAUGGAACUCGCUGGCACAGUUCCUGUCUAGUUUGUGGCGGCAAAAAAGAGCCCCCACCUACUUGGGUUCUGAACAUAAGUCGAGAAGAGAGGAAGAAAGACGAACCCGGAUGUGGCAAGAGACUUGACAGUGCCGCCAAGAGUGAUGGGGAGGGAGGCAUAUGGUGUCGGGAGUGCACACUGUUACUUGGCUUACCUACCUCGCCGCAAUCGUCGCCAACGAGGACUCCAUUGGUCCCGUCCUACACUGGCUCUGGAAAACUUGUAUCACAAUACACCGGUACAACAACGAUAGCAAGACAGUUCACCGGCUUGGGUGGAGACCCAGGUCUCCUGAGACAGUUAACUGGGGGUGGGUUAAGUCCUACUCGAAGUGUAAGUCCAACGAAGCAACUCGGGACAAUCGGAGGUGGUAUGAGACCCCGUCCCAAGAGCGUGAUUGGGAUGAGGAGUGCGAAGAGUGUAGAUGAGGGGCGUGGAAUGUUCCUGGUGAGGCAAUUGACAGGAAGUGCAUCAAAUGCGAGGGGACCGUAG